AUGGGGUAUAUGGUCACCAGACUCCGUCCGAGCGUUAAGUCUGCCAAUUCGACACUUGGUGUUCAAUUUGUGCCGAUUGCUCGUUCGCACGCGCGACUUUUCCGCUCUUCGACACGCAGGUGCAAUCCCCACGAGCAGACAAGAACUUACGCGCAUGAUCCACGGCUGGAGAGCUUAGGGAAGGUCAUCAAGGAUGAAUAUGCGGUAGUUCGAGACAGCUACGGUAUGUACUAUCUCUACUUGGAGUACCAGUAUUACUUUCGUGAUGAAUCGGCCGUUAACCGCAUGCUUGCAGAUACACCCAAGCAUCCUAUCGUCCUCGCGCAUGGGCUGCUUGGAUUCGACGAGUUGCGGCUAGCUGGUCCUUUUCUUCCUGGGGUCCAGUACUGGCGAGGGAUCAAGGAAGCGCUGUCUAUGAAAGGCGUUCAGGUCAUUACGGCGACGGUGCCUCCGUCCGGGUCUAUUAAAAUGCGCGCGGAGGAAUUAGCGAGAGAUAUCGCUGUCGGGGCGCAAGGGAAGGAUGUCAAUAUUAUCGCACAUAGUAUGGAUUUCAAUGUAAAAUCCUUGACGACCAUCGCAACGCCGCACAGAGGCUCGUCGGUUGCAGACUAUGUACUCAAGCAGAUUGGAGAUGACCGCCUUGCCCAGUUAUACUACGCUCUGGGACUACUGAAAGUUGAAACGGGAGCUUUCUCCCAGUUAACGCGGGAAUACAUGGAAAGCACAUUCAAUCCUAACACGCCUGAUGUGGACGACGUACGAUACUUCUCGUACGGGGCGUGUAUGCAGCCAAGUUUUUGGUCGGUCUUCCGCCAGUCCCAUCGGAUUCUGGAGCAACUCGAGGGGUUUAACGACGGCCUGGUUAGCGUUGCUAGUAGUCGGUGGGGAGGAGAGGCAGGUUAUAAGGGGACCCUCCUUGACGUGAGCCACUUGGAUUUGAUCAACUGGAGCAAUCGAUUGAAGUGGCUGGCUGGAGAGAUUACGGGCAAUCGGAGAAGGUUCAACGCCAUUGCACUCUACCUUGAUAUUGCAGAUAUGCUGGCGAAGGAGGGUCUCUGA